ACAAAAUGCAUAUUUGGAGUGACCUCAAGCAAAAUGUAUCUUCUCAUGUGACUGUGCUAGCUUAUACAUUUUUGAAGUUCAAAAGAAAUGUUUAAGAGAAAAACUCACUUGUCAAAUCACAAGACACAUACCAAGUAAAUUUCCUUCAUUUAUUGUUUAAUGUCAUGGGCUCAAUUCAAGGUGAAGAGGGAUGUAGUGUUCAUGCAUCGUAUUACUUUAUCACAGGCGCUCCAUACUUUAUGUUAAGGUCAGAGGUCAAGUAAAUAAACAAACAGUUCUAUCAUGCAACCAAAGUACUGGUGUCUGUCACUGCAUUGAUACUUAAGUUCAUCGAUCAUCAUCCAAGCUUAAACAUUACAGUUACCGCAAUGGUUACUGACAAGAAGGUGAGCUGUAAGAACAUAGUUGUUGAUUUUCUUGACAAUCUGCAAGUAGAAAAAAAGACAAAAGCUGACUGAAGUAGUACCAACAUUCAGGCAAACACAGACAGAGAAAUCCAAGCAGAGAUUUACAAACGACUGGCAAACAAACUCCAGAAAAAGGAAACAAAAGACAGACACAAGCUGGAUCGGCUACUCAGAUCUUGUGACACAGGGUCAUUGGAUAUAAGUAAGCAGAAUAAAUUUGGGGAUUUGGAAGUGAGUAUACUUCAGACAGUAAAGGAUAUCAUUGCUGGGAAGACUGUGGGUCACCAAAUUUCCCAUAUUUGGUAUGACGAGGACACUCCGCAGAAGACUACGACUUUUGAAGAGAAAUGGGGGAAGUUACCGCAAUGGUUACUGACAAGAGUGUGAGCUGUAAGAACAAAGUUGUUGAUUUUCUUGACAAUUUGCAAGUAGAAAAAAGACAAAAGCUGAUUGAAGUAGUACCGACAUUCAGGCAAACACGGACAGAGAAAUACAAGCAGAGAUUUACAAACGACUGGCAAACAAACUCCAGAAAAAGAAAACACAAGACAGACACAAGCUGGAUCAGGUCACCAAAUUUCCCAUAUUGUGUACUUUGGAAAGAGUUAGAACAACCUGUCAAAAGAAACGGGGAAAGUUACUGCAGUGGUUUCUGGAAAGAGGGUAUCAGACGAUGAUCCAGAGGACUUUGACGUUUCAAAGUAGACUUCAUCUGUGAAGAGUUCAUACUUUCUUAAAUAUAACUCAAUUGUAAUUCUUCACCAUGGCUCCAAAAUGGAAAAGAAGAUGGUAACAUCUAUUUGGCUGUGAGCUGCAGUUUCUGCUAUCACUGACAAUAACAAGGAGCAUUUAAUAGAAGCAGUUAUGAAGCUAAAGGGUGCGAAGGAACUUUUAUUAAGGUAGUGAAGGAAGAAUGCGAACAAGAUAUGUGCACCAGCUACAAAAUCAUGCUUCAGGAAUUCAUCACUCCAAGGUCUGACCAACUUCAGUUUCACAAAUCAAAUAGAUGAAUUGGAAUUCCAUGCACCUACUUUGCUUCUGCAAACCUUAGCAAAAAGUAAAUUCUUGUCCAAAGUCACUGAGAAGAAGGAACAGACAAUUAUGCGUGUCUCACAAGCCAUCAAUUCCACUGCUGAGGCCUCUGCAGAAGCACAUUACAUUUGCUGGUCAUGGCUUCAAAAUGAAUUCAGUGUUACUUUGACCUGUUCAAUAAUUUGCCGAACAUGCAAACAAAGCGUAAAUUUGAAAGAAAUAACUCUCCUCAAACAAUCAUUCCUAGAUAUACUACAAAGAGCUGCUUGAUUUAUGAUUAUAUUUUUUGAUUUGAUGAUAUUAUAAAGGAGUAUUACAAAAAGGCAUAAAAUAGUUCUCCAUAAGAAAGAGCCGGUGAUGAUUUCUCUACAUGCAGGCUGUUCGUAAGUUAUUCUCACAAGAUGACAUCACCAGAAUCAUUGCUAGUGCCCAGGUCACUUCCGUCGUCCAUAAAACAAUUCACCGAGCUCCGACGGCGGAAGACAUUGAUCUCUUCUUGACUGGUUCCAUGGACAGCGACCUCAUUAACUCCAGCAACAGCGGGCAGAUUUCAACCCUCUGGUCCCGGGGCCGUGCAGCAGCAAGGCGGCUCAAGAUCAACGUCACUGGGUCUCUCUCUGGUUCAGUGAUUACAAAGACAGCAGCUGGAUCUGAGAUUGGCCCCACAGUCAUCACCACCGCCUUGCGUGCUGCAUCCCGCUAAGUAUAACAAACAGAGGUUAACGAACUGAGGUUCACAUCCAAAUGUUAUCAUUUAACUUGAUUCAUGAUUCUAUUUUUUGAUUUCAUUAUUUCCCCAUAAAUGGGGAGUGGGCCGAAUCCUGGAGGUAGUGCAAUACCAGGCCAACCCGUGGCCAGGACGAGGCAAGCCCCUAUUCCAUGGCCCAGAUCCAAAAAUCAGUUUAAUAUACUGGCUGCUCAAUGAGCAGCGUUUCAGAUAUUAAGCUGAAAAGAACAGAUACUACACAUGAUCUUAGCCAAAAGGCCGAGAAGCGAUAAUGCAUGAAAAGUUACGAAGGUAGUGGUCUUUUGUCAGUGGCUGGGACUCCAUGGUUGUCACUUGUUUUAACAUAAAAAACACCCCCAAAAAUAGCUUGCCAUUCAACAUGCAACGCUCUUCAAUAUCUAGGGGAAAAAAGGGUAUUUUACUCUCCAUUCUCCACAAAAACUUGUCCAUAAAAAUGCUCCUUAUUCCUAAAAACGGCAACAUAAAUCAAUAAAACUUGUGAGAAAUCAGUCAAGUUGCACAGCACUACACAGAUUUCAGUAAAACACUCCCCUUUAAAUCAAUAUUUUGUAUUAAUAUUCAUGAAUCUACAGCAGCAGUGUACACAAAUCCUGCACACAGAGCAGAUUAAGGUCAAAUUAUUCACACAUAGUGUGCAUUUUGUACAAAGUACUGCAAAGUAUUGAUUGUGCGCAUGUAAUACAGUGUAUCACACUUAUCCUUUACACAGAGUGCAGUGUAGCUCCACCCACACACAAGGUCAUUGAUCCAGAUCACACACACACAGCCAACAGGGGGCAGUUGUAAAUUUUCCCUUAUUAAGUGAGUUCUGCCAGAUGUUACUGAAGGUGGAGGCUAAGGCAGGACCAGAGCUUCAGUGAGAUUGUUCACAAGGGGAAGAGGAACACGUCCGGCUUCCACAUAAACGGGACAGUUGAUGAUGCCGGCUACAACAUGCUUGUCGAGCUAGACAGCUCCUUCCCAGGCUUCCAUCUUGGAAUCCUCGACAUGCCAAUGGAGUGGGAAGAGGCUCGUCUGGAAGCGUUUGUGGUGAACUUCACGUCGACAAAUGUAUCUGCAAAGCUCACCGGAUACACAUUGGUGAUAUUGUGCCAAGUACCCCAGCCACCCUUAGUCAACCGCAUCUUAACAAAUUGUCAGCAAUUUAGUUUUGUUGCAAAUUGCUUCUAUCACAUCAAAGGUCUAAAAUCUGAUGAACCAGUUACAGACACUGUGUUUGGAAUGGUGAUUGCAAAGCAUCAGCCGAAUUCUAAAAAGAUGGAGUGGGAACUGAACUCUGCAAGCUCGGGCAGUUUGAUUAUCUGUGAUGGGGACGUCAAGUACAGAGGGGAAGAUGGGUCGGUUGCAGAUCCUCUUCAGAAGCCGCUGGAUCUUUACAGAGAGAUAAUUUUGUCCUGCUCAUCCCCUCAACAAUGGGUGUUGGAUGCAUGCUGUGGAACAGGUACAGGACUGAUAGCAGCCUUGAAGGAGGCACGGAACUGUGUAGCAGUGGAAGAGGACUCUGCAAAACUGUUUCACUUGCCUGCAAGCUUUAACCAGCUUGUGCCAUCUGCUGUUGGGAGGAAAAACGAUGAGAGCAGUCCUGCACCUGGGCCUACAGAUGUGUAUGAUUACGAAUCAGACAGUAACCAAACCCUUCAAUCAGACAGCAGUAACUAAGUCCUUUGUUAUUCAUGUAUUGGUUCCUGCUAAUUAUUCCCUAUUCCCCUGUUGGGGCAAAGUUGAAAAAGGAAUGCCUAGUUGGGACGGGGUACAUUUUUCACUUAGUCAGUAAGCCCGUACAAACAUUACUGUGGACUUUCCAUAAUCUCCCCCACUCUUCCCUCUUAAAUGAAGAGGGGUGCCAAUUGGCACCCCUUAUAGCCAAAGUGACUUUAUGGUAUGCCUUUUUGUAUUCAUUUUACUCUCUGUACAUAGGAGUAUAGACUCUUCAUGAAGGGUGCCAAUUGGCACCCCUCAUAGCCAAACUGACUUUAUGGUUUGCCUUAUUCUAUUCAUUUUACUCUUUGUACAUAGGAGUAUAGACUCUUCAUGAAGGGUGCCAAUUGGCACCCCUCAUGGCCAAACGGACUUAAUGGUUUGCCUUCUGUAUUCAUUUUACUCUCUGUACAUGGGAGUAUAGACUCUUCAUGAAGGGUGCCAAUUGGAACCCCUCAUAGCCAAAAUGACUUUAUUGUAUGCCUUAUUCUAUUCAUUUUACUCUCUGUACAUGGGAGUAUAGACUCUUCAUGAAGGGUGCCAAUUGGCACCCCUCAUAGCAAAACUGACUACGGUAUGCCUUUUUGUAUUCAUUUUACUCUCUGUACAUAGGAGUAUAGACUCUUCAUGAAGGGUGCCAAUUGGCACCCCUCAUAGCCAAACUGACUACGGUAUGCCUUUUUGUAUUCAUUUUACUCUCUGUACAUAGGAGUAUAGACUCUUCAUGAAGGGUGCCAAUUGGCACCCCUCUUGGCACCCCUCAUAGCCAAACUGACAUUAUGGUAUGCCUUUUUGUAUUCAUUUUACUCUUUGUACAUAGGAGUAUAGACUCUUCAUGAAGGGUGCCAAUUGGCACCACUCAUAGCCAAACUGACUACGGUAUGCCUUUUUGUAUUCAUUUUACUCUUUGUACAUAGGAGUAUAGACUCUUCAUGAAGGGUGCCAAUUGGCACCCCUCUUGGCACCCCUCAUAACCAAACUGAAUUUAUGGUUUGCCUUUUUGUAUUCAUUUUACUCUCUGUACAUAGGAGUAUAGACUCUUCAUGAAGGGUGCCGACUGGCAACCCUCAUAGCCAAACUGACUUUAUGGUUUGCCUUAUUCUAUUCAUUUUACUCUUUGUACAUAGGAGUAUAGACUCUUCAUGAAGGGUGCCGACUGGCAACCCUCAUAGCCAAACUGACUUUAUGGUUUGCCUUAUUCUAUUCAUUUUACUCUUUGUACAUAGGAGUAUAGACUCUUCAUGAAGGGUGCCGAUUGGAACCCCUCAUAGCCAAAAUGACUUUAUUGUAUGCCUUAUUCUAUUCAUUUUACUCUCUGUACAUGGGAGUAUAGACUCUUCAUGAAGGGUGCCAAUUGGCACCCCUCAUAGCAAAACUGACUACGGUAUGCCUUUUUGUAUUCAUUUUACUCUUUGUACAUAGGAGUAUAGACUCUUCAUGAAGGGUGCCAAUUGGCACCCCUCUUGGCACCCCUCAUAACCAAACUGAAUUUAUGGUUUGCCUUUUUGUAUUCAUUUUACUCUCUGUACAUAGGAGUAUAGACUCUUCAUGA